GUUUGAUGCGGUGUUUGGUAUGGAGGUGUCAUUGGACCUUACUUCUUUGAAGUCGCUGCAGAUUAUGAUGUAUACACAUGGUACGCUUCGUGGGACGAAUAAUCAGUUACAAAUGUUUGUUGGAGGUUUACGUAUUUAUAUAAUAAUACUAAGAUGUAGACUGUUUGGUAUGGCGGUGUGGUGUAUGGAAAUGUAGGAACAGCUGUUAUACAGUUUUGGGGUGUAUAAUCACCUAACAUACACUUACAUUACCACAGAGGGACCUACCAUGCCAAGAGUCACAAAUGCUAUUCUUCUCAUCCUAUUCCUGCCUCAACUCAACACAAAGUGCACCAAUCACUUAACCCAAAAGCAUGUGGAUGACAAUUUCCUUGACAGAAUGGCAUAUGAAACUUCUCAGUUGGAAACCAUCGGGAUAACUACAGUCUGCACCAAUGCGAGCCUGCCGUUGGAGGACUUUGAUGAACGUUUCUGUGAAAACUGUACCCGGGAAAUGAAAAUAUUUGCGUCGAACAUACCAAUUCUACGUAGAACAGUAUUUUCUGGGAUCAAUGAUCUAAACAUACUGCACAUACAAGGAACCAAUACUAGUGACAUCGAACCAGGGACAUUUGCACAUAUGAGCAAGCUUCAGGAAGUGCAUUUCACAAAUAAUAGUAUUACGAAAAUCAGUAAAAACGUAUUCAACCCUCUCCGAGAAAUGAAAAUCCUUGACUUGUCUCAAAAUAAUCUAGCUGAAAUUGACCCGGAGUUUCUAGACGAAUAAAUAUAGAAGCGGCUAAAGUAUUUUAAGUUGAACCAUACAAAGUAUACGUCGUCACAGAUAAGGAUCGGAUUAUCCACUUGACUAAAUAAAUUUUCCUGAGAGUGGAGUGGUCUUGAUACCUAGAAAAGGCUGACUUAAUGUACAAGAUGAUACUUAAUAUAUGGAUUACUUUGAUAAGAUACUGAUAAAAAAAAAGUAUAUAGUCAAGAAAAAAGUAGACAGUACAGCAGACUCUUAAUUGUCACUAAGAUGAGGGGUGUCUUGGUCGUUGUAUUAUUUUUCCUAUACUGUGGAGUGAUUACUUCAGAAGCCGAUGACAAGAUAUACAAAUGCCCAACCUGUAGAGGCAUCGAAUGUCUCCUACAUGAAAAAUAUGUACCCUGUAGUGAGAACAAUCCAGCCUUACCUGCCCACUUGGAUGACGUGAUUGAUCAGCAAGGAGAACAUGCUCACUACAUGUGCAUCUCUCUUAACUUUUUUGUAAUACCUGUGAAGCAGUGCAUACGGACCACCAGUAAUGAUGUCUGCAAAAAUCUGAGAAAUCAUGAUAUGAGAGUUCUAUCCUGUUCAUUGAGUGAACCAGAAAUUGAACAAAAAACUACAGCACACCCUUCAAGUUCCACGUCUGCAGCGAAAACGACAACUCCAAAGCCGCCGAAAACUUCAACACCAAAACACACAACAGCUCACCAUAAAACCACUUCAAGGUCCACGUCUGCAGCGACAAGCAGGAAACCAACUUCUCCAGCAAAAAAGACAACUCCAAAGCCGCCGAAAACUUCAACAGCAAAACACACAACAGCUCACCAUAAAACCACUUCAAAGUCCACGUCUGCAGCGACAAGCAAGAAACCAACUUCUCCAGCAAAAACGACAACUCCAAAGCCGCCGAAAACUUCAACAGCAAAACACACAACAGCUCACCAUAAAACCACUUCAAAGUCCACGUCUGCAGCGACAAGCAGGAAACCAACUUCUCCAGCAAAAACGACAACUCCAAAGCCGCCGAAAACUUCAACACCAAAACACACAACAGCUCACCAUAAAACCACUUCAAGGUCCACGUCUGCAGCGACAAGCAGGAAACCAACUUCUCCAGCAAAAACUACAACUCCAAAGCCGCCGAAGACUUCAACAGCAAAACACACAACAGCUCACCAUUCAACCACUGAGGAGCCUUAAACAUGGAAAUCUUCAUCAGCAAAACAUUGAACUGGUCGACAUUCAGCAUAGGAUUCUUCAACAUGACAACCUUCAACAGCUCAGCAUUUCACAUCAGCAGACCGCCGUUGCAAUCGCUGUUCACGGCUGCCUACUAAAAUGUUAUUUAACCAGGAUAUGUACAAUUCUGCUAAAGAUACUGUGAAUGGUUUUGCCACGUUUUCAGUAGUGUUUUUGCUCCACCUAGUCCAGAAGGUUGUAGUGUAAGUGAUGAUACUGUAUGUAACCAUUAUGGAAUAAACUUAUAUAAGAUCUCUG